AGCCGGAGCAACUGGCCCAAGAGCCCUGCACCAUGGCAUGGCAGAGCUGCAACAUCUGGAUCUUCCCAAGGCCAUUGUGGAGUCAUACCAGAAGCGCGGAAUCAAGAGCUUGUAUGGCUGGCAGUCCGAAUGUUUGUCAACUGCUGGCGUGCAGGAAGGCCGGAAUUUGGUGUACUGCGCUCCCACCAGUGGCGGGAAGACCAUGGUGAGCGAGAUCCUCAUGCUACAGCGGCUCUUCAAGCUGAAGAAGCGGGCGAUUUUCGUUCUGCCCUAUGUAAGCGUGGUGACUGAGAAGGCCAACUUUUUGCAAAGCCUGUGCAAAUCUACUGGAGCCUUGAUCAAGGCGUUUUUUGGCGGGAGCCCCACAGGCAUCAAGGAGCCCUUCGACAUCGCCGUGUGCACCAUUGAAAAGGCCAACACGUUGAUCAACUACCUGGUGGAAGAAGGUCAGCUUUCAAUGGUUGGCACCUUGGUCAUUGAUGAGCUUCAUUUGGUGGGGGACAGUUCCAGAGGAUAUUUGCUGGAGGUCUUUGUGAGCAAGGUCCUAUUCCUGGCUCCUGACAUCCAGGUGGUUGGUUUGAGCGCCACCUUGCCCAACGUGGAGGACAUCGCACGAUGGUUGAGUGCGAUCCUCUAUCAGACCACUUAUCGUCCAGUGCCACUUCACGAAUAUGUGUUGAGCGGCCGCCAACUGCUUAACACGGAUGGGUCGCAGGCACGGGAGCUGUCUUUCGAGGGCCUUGCAGAAGAGGACAACCUGCUGGCUGCCACCUGGGAAGUGACGCGAGCAGGUCACAGCGUGCUGAUCUUUUGCUCCUCCAAGGCCAAAUGUGAGCGCACAGCUGAGUCGCUGGCUCAGAAAUUGCCAGCUCAAAGCCGACCACCAGAGAGGGAGCUUUUAGUUCAACAACUACAACGUCAGAUAGGCGGCGCUGAUGCAACCUUGGUGAAGACCAUGCCAGCAGGGAUUGCCUUCCACCAUAGCGGCUUGACCAGCGAAGAGCGAAGUCUUGUAGAAAAAGGCUACAAAGACGGAAGCAUCAACGUGAUUUGCGCCACAUCCACGCUUGCGGCGGGUGUGAAUCUCCCAGCUCGCCGAGUGUUAUUCCAGUCGCCCUACAUGGGCAAUCAGCUGCUGGACGCCACGCAGUACAAGCAAAUGGCCGGGCGAGCCGGCAGGGCCGGCCAGGGCAGCAUCGGAGAGUCCAUGAUCAUCGCCCCCGGCCACACGAAGUCUCAAGUCAUGGCCCUCGUGCGGCAAGAGCUGCCGGCUGUGUCCAGCUGUUUGCGGAACGAGGCGCGAGGCGUGAAGCGGCUGCUGCUGGAAGUGCUGUGUGUGGUGCCCCAGCUGGGCGCCGGUGAGGAUUUGAUCCGCUUUAUGGCCAGCACGCUCCUGAUGACCCAGAAGCCCCCCGUGGAUGAACGCCUGGCGCCCGCGGCGCCCGCGGAGCGUUACCCCGAGAUCGCGCAGGCCAUGAAGUGGUUACUGGAGCACGACAUGGCAAGGCUGGACCAGCGGUCCAACUCCUACAAGGCGACGCCGCUGGGCUUGGCGGUUUGCGCCUCCGCCCUUGAGCCCCAACAAGGCCACGUGCUCUUCCAGGAGCUCCAACGCUCACGCAGCUGCAUAUCCUUGGACACGGAUUUGCAAGUGUGUUAUCUGGUGACACCUGACAGCCCCCUCUCCGUAGACUGGGCCACCUACCGCCGGGUGCUGUGCCACCUAUCCUCCGCGGAGCGGCGGGUGGCGCAGCGCAUCGCGCUGCGCGUGGAUCUGGUGGACCAAGCGCAGUUCCAAGGCAGACUCUCCAACAGCAUUCUGCAGUCUGCAGACGGCAUGCGAGUGGUCAGGUUCUACAGCGGCCUGGUGCUCUGGGCGCUGCUGCACGAGACGCCUCUGGCGAAGCUCUUGGAGAGGUUUGGGCUCAGCAAGGGUCAGCUCCAACAGCUGCAGCAGGCCGCGGCCUCCUUCACCCACACGGUGGCCGUCUUUUGCAAUCGACUCCAGUGGUACACGCUGGAGGCACUGAUCCUCUCCUUCCAGAAGCGCUUGGCGCUGGGGGUGCGCAUGGAGCUGGUGCCGCUCAUGCAAAUUCCAGGCAUGGACUGCUCGGUGGCGCGGUGCCUCUACGAGCAGGGCUUCACCACCCCCGUGAGCGUCGCGAGUGCGCGGCCCCCGGAGCUGCUGCGGGUGCUGCGGAAGACGCUGCCCCACCACGUGCCCUCAGCCGCGCUUCCUGAAGAAAAUGCCACGCGCCUGAUUGAGGCGGCAGCAGGCCUGUCAAAGGCCUUGAUCAAGGAAAAGCGCAAAAGAGCGAGGGCAGAGCCCAACGAGGAUGAGCUUGGUCUGACCACAGGCCAACCUCAAAAGCGACCAAGACAAGCUGCAGCACAAGCGCAAUCAACGACAUCCGCAUCCUUGCGCUCCCGAGGAGCCCCCUCAGGAGUCGUGCAGCAGGAAAGGACGUCGCAGUCACUGCCACAGACCACACAACAGCGUGCGCCGCAGGCACCGCUACAAGGAAUUCCGCCCUCUCAGCAAGCAUGCUUACGCGAAUAUGCGCAGGUCCAGCAGCGGCAACAGCAGCAAGCACAGCUGGGAAUGCCACAAGUGCUGCAGCAGUAUCCGCACGGCAUGCUGCAAGCGCAGCAGCAGGCAUCGCCACACGGAAUGCCACAGAUGCAGCAACAGGCGUAUCCACACAGAAUGCCGCAAGCUCAGCUGGCAUCGCCACAGGGAAUGCCACAGGUGCAGCAGCAGGUGUAUCCACAUCGAAUGCCAGAAGCGCAGGCGUCGCCACGCGGAAUGCCACAGAUGCAGCAGCAGGUGUAUCCACACGGAAUGCGGCAAGCUCAGCUGGCAUCGCCACAAGGAAUGCCACAGGUGCAGCAGCAGGUGUAUCCACAUGGAAUGCCACAAGCGCAGGCGUCGCCACGCGGAAUGCCACAGAUGCAGCAGCAGGUGUAUCCACACGGAAUGCCGCAAGCGCAGCAGCAGGCAUCGCCACAGGGCAUGCCACAAGCGCAGCAGCAGGUCUAUCCGCCCGGAGUGCUGCAAGCGCAGGCGUCGCCACGCGGAAUGCCACAGAUGCAGCAGCAGGUGUAUCCACACGGAAUGCGGCAAGCUCAGCUGGCAUCGCCACAAGGAAUGCCACAGGUGCAGCAGCAGGUGUAUCCACAUGGAAUGCCACAAGCGCAGGCGUCGCCACGCGGAAUGCCACAGAUGCAGCAGCAGGUGUAUCCACACGGAAUGCCGCAAGCGCAGCAGCAGGCAUCGCCACAGGGCAUGCCACAAGCGCAGCAGCAGGUCUAUCCGCCCGGAGUGCUGCAAGCGCAGCAGCAGGCAUCACCACUGGCUUUUCCAGCAGCUCAGGCGAAGCGCACAUUGCCACCCGUUACGGAGCAGCCGUCGCCAGGAAUGCAACAAGUUGCCAAACUGACGAGCCCACCUCCCCAGACACCGAGAGCGAGGGCGCGCUAUCAGGAACUGUCAGAUGCUCUUUCACCAGGCGGCCAAACACCGGAUGCUUCUCUCAGCAGAUGCGCAACUCCCUGCCGAGCCAUCGAUACACCCGCGGAGGAGACAUCCCCGCUGUCAUCGGAGCGCCUGAGCGAGGGACUGCGCCGCGUCGGGCGCCAGAGCUUAAGUCCUGGAGAUGUGGAAGCUGGCAGAUCUCCGGGGGCCGAAUCAGGUGUUACGUCUGGAGGAGGCUCUCCUGGGCAAACUGCCGACUCGCACUCGGACAGCUCCCACGCAGCGGCGCAAAGCGAAGCCAAGUUCCUGGCCUCGACCUUUGCAGCAGGAGCACGUCUCCCUUUGCCUCCGCUGCAGCUUCUUACCACGGCAGAUCCCAUGGUGAGGCAUGUCCUCGCCAGGGUAUCAUCCGCCGAAUGGAUCGGUGCAUCUGUCGUGGCCGGCGAGAACGGCGAAGAUGCCCUUUGUUUGACCUUGGGACCCAUGGAGGCGUUUUGCAUUCUACUUCCCAAGCCAGAUGCCGGGAACUUUGGCGUCCUGGGCUCCAUUUGGAGCUGGUUCAAGGAGGAGCAGAACCUGUGCCUCACCUCCAACGCCAAGGACCUCGCCGCCGCCUUCUUGCGGCGAGGCAUGGACCUGCAGUGCUCCCUGGCAGAGCCUCGGGUGGCGCAGUGGCUCUUGGACCCGGAUGAUAAGCAGAACAUGAGCAUCUCCGACCUGGCGUCGGCGUGCCAGGUGGCAUUGGCGAGCAACAAAGUCGCACUGACGAACUCGGGCGCCCUCGCCUCCAGCCCCGUGCUGAGGGUGCGGCUGGGGAAGGAGUGGCCUGAGGCUUUUUUGGCGCUGCCCUUGCUGGCGGAUUUGCUGCAAAGGCUGAAAAGGCAAGAGCUGCUUGGCAGCUUCUGGUGCAUCGAGAUGCCAACGGCGGUGAUCUUGGCUUGGAUGGAGCACGUAGGAUUUGGCUGUGAGGGUCAUGACCCAAACCAUACGCACAGCCACAUCUGGUAUAAGAUGUCUGCGAUACAGGAGCAUGUGAAGAAGGCGGUGGGCAGACAGGUGCUGCUGAGCUCCAGCGAGGAUGUGGGCCGCGCACUCUUCGAAGAUCUGCGCCUUCCCAUCCCCCGAGGCGUCCAGCUGAGGCGGAAGCCCAACGGAAGGCUGUGCUACAAGUCCCCGCAGGACGUGCUGAAGCGUUUGCUGCCGAACCAAACCGUGGCCUUGAUCCUGGAGCACCGCCAGCUGAGCCACGCCGCGAAGCGCAUCGAGAACAUCCUGCGCUCGGCGGAGCCUCCGCGCGCGGAGCCCUUGUGCCCCAUGUGCGCCGCGGGGACCAUGGGUUUGGCAGGGCCAGGCCUUGCCUCGCGCCAACGCAUCAGAUCCGAGUUCGUUCAGACCGCCACUGCCACGGGGCGCUUGGCCACCGCCGCGGGCGCUGCUCCGCUGCUGUGCCUGGAGAAAGCCUUCGAGAUCUGCGAGGUGUCCAGGCCUUCGUUACAUGAGGAGCUCAGCAAGGGCACCCAAGUGGCGGCCGGGACGCGGGUCUUCGUGUCGGCGGCCUUUGAGCCGCCCCCGAGACGGCGCUUGCGAGAAGGGGCGAUCCACGAGGUCUCUGAAAGGACCUGCGAUCAGCCGAUGGCGAACUCGGAGGAGGACGUGUCCUUGGCGGACUAUUGGGCCUCUCGAGGCUGGGAAGUGUACAAGGAGGAAUCCUGGCGGCGAAGUGUGCAGCAAGUCCUGGUUCGGCACGGGAAUUCGGUUUGGUCCUAUCCUGCUGACCAGGUGUGGCGACUGGCAGCUGCAGUAGAUGUGGCAGAGGAAGAUGCCCGCAAGGUGCUGGUGAAUCCUCGGCAGCUUCUCGCUGCAGAGCCCGGGUAUGUCCUGCUCAGCCUGGACUAUUCCCAGAUUGAAGUUCGGCUCAUGGCCCACUUUUCCGAGGACCCCAGGCUUCUGAACAUCCUGCGCAACGGUGGGGAUGUCUUCAAGCAAAUUGCUGCUGGCUGGCUGGGUAAGGAUUCCAGCCAGGUGUCAGCAGAGGAGCGCAGUGGCGCGAAGCGUAUUUGCUACAGCCUGAUCUACGGUGUCGGAGUGGCCAGGCUUGCUGCAGAGCUUGGCAUCUCUAGAUCUCAGGCGAAUGAAUUCAAAAGCUCCUUCAUGAAGGAGUAUGCUGGUGUUGCCAUCUGGAUCAAGGCCUGCACGGAUCAAGCACGGCAGCAAGGCUUUGUGGAGACCCUGCACGGGCGGCGGCGCUUCUUGCCGGGCCUCGCCUCGGGUUCUGCCUCAGAACGCGCCCAUGCGGAGCGGCAGGCGGUGAACACGGCCUGCCAGGCCUCUGCGGCUGACCUUAUGAAGGCUGCCAUGAUUGGCAUCCACCGCCGCUUGAAGCUUCUGCGCUCCCAUGAUGGGCGCUGCACCAUGGCGGGCCGCAUCUUGCUGCAGAUCCAUGACGAGCUCAUCCUGGAGGUGGAGGAGCUCCGGCUCAGCGAAGUGCGGGAGCUGGUUGUGUCGGAGAUGAUUCGAGCGGGAUGUGACUUGAAGGUACCUUUGCAAGUGCACUGGAAGCACGGAAAGAGCUGGGGAAGCUUGGAGCCCUAGUUUUCCCAAGCAUGCCUUCCGGUCAGAUUGCUCAGACAAGUCUCCGCUUUCGACGAAUUCGUGACAAUUUGUGUAGUUCCUAGCACCAGCCAUUGAAUUGUGAUUCGCUGUGUAGCUUUGACACAGUCAAUCCAUUUAUAGCUGGUCAAGCCUUAGGCGUGGAGCAGAGAAAGCUGGAUCUGAGUUGUACAGGCAAGGAUCCGCCA